AUGUCACAAGUCACCGCAACGGCGUCAGCAGCGGCCAGACAGCGAGGACGGCAGCCGAGGAGCACCGCGACAGAGAGCAGCAGACAGCGAGCAGUUGGACAGGACGCAGACGGAGCAGACGAAGGCAGAGGCCGUGAGGGAGAGCCAAAAGAGCAAGAGAGCAAGAGAGCAAAAGAGCGAGCGAGAGACGGGACGACGAGGAAGAACAAGACGGACGUUGAAUCCGCUAGAUCGCUCGAGGCCUGGGCGGUUGUUUAUCAACAGCAGCCGCAGGAGGAAGAGGAGAGAGAAGAGGGAGGCAACAAACAGGAAUCAGGAGGAUAUGACGGAGACGACGCGAACAGGCAGCUGGGAGGAGGAUACAGCUUGACUUUGACUGGCCCAAUGCAGGCUCCCGUUUGCCAGUCUUCGACGUAA